AUGAGCCCUCAGAAGAAACACUGGAUGGUGACAUUACAAGAAGUUUUCUACCCUGCCUUAGCAGUGGUGGGCAUCCCCUCCAACACCAUCACCUUUCUGAUCAUAUGGAGGAGGAGCUGCAUGCUCUCCAGGUCCAGCACUUUCUAUCUGAUGGCCAUGUCUGUGGCUGACAACCUUGUUCUGAUCUUCAUUGUGAUUCUUGAGCUUUCUGUCAAGUACCACCAGCAGGAGCCGUUUUGGAGUUAUGAUCCGUGGUGCAGCCUGAGGGACAUUUUUAACUACGGGGCUUACAACGCCUCAACGUGGCUGGUGGUCAUGUUUACAGUUGAACGCUUUAUCGCCAUCCACACGUGGAAAAUGAAAACUAAAAUCUGCACACCGAGAUGUGCAGCAUGGACAAUUACAGCAGUCUUCCUCUUCAGUCAUCUUUGUGCCAUUCCUUACUACUGGUCUAACGCCUCAGUCUAUGUGAACAACCAGACCAGGUGUAUUUACAAGACAGAGGCCCCGUUUCAGUUCAUUCACACCUUGGUUUGGUUUCAAACACUGCAAGCCUACAUAAUCCCCUUCCUCGUCAUCCUCACACUUAAUGGCCUGACUCUGCGCCUCAUCUCUCUCAGCAAUCGGGUUCAUAUCACUGCGGAUUUGACCUCCAGGGUCAACAAAGUCAUGCCCCUGCUGCGCUCCAGGAAGAGAAAAUCUGUGGUGCUUCUAGUGACUGUGUCCAUGAGUUUCAUGCUGCUGUCUGUCACCCGUGCUAUAACUCAGAUCAUCCUCCGCACGACUCACAUGUACACUUUUGAUCGUAAUGAUUACUACCAUCAGAUAAAUAUAGCAGCAGACACUGGCACCAUGCUGAGCCUGAGCAACGCGGCUGUCAACAUGUACCUGUAUGUCUGCACUCAAUCUAAGUUUCGCCAAGAGUUCUUAGCCUGUGUCAGACAAGUGUCUUUCUACUGGAAAGCAAAGCUAUAG